AUGAAGGCAGCAAUGUCUCUGAUGGGAAGCCAAGGCAUUGUCUCUGCCACCGAGCUCCUCCUGGCGGGUGCCGUGUUCUGCCUGGUGUUCCUGCUCAUCCAGUCCCUCCGGCAGCGCGUGCCCAAGGGGCUGCAGAGCCCCCCCGGCCCCAGGGGCUUCCCCAUCCUUGGCAACGUGCUGGAGCUGAGGAAGGACCCGCACUUGGUGCUGACCCGGCUGAGCCGGCUCUAUGGGGACGUGAUGGAGGUGAGGAUCGGCACCCGGCCCGUGCUGGUGCUGAGCGGGCUGGACACCAUCAAGCAAGCCCUGGUGAAGCAAGCAGAAGAUUUCCUGGGCCGCCCCGACCUCCACAGCUUCCACUAUGUUACGGAUGGGAAAAGCCUGACCUUCAGCCCCGACUCUGGGGAGGUGUGGAGAGCCCGCAGGAAGCUGGCCCAGAACGCCCUCAAGACCUUCUCCAUCACCCCCAGCCCCCGGGUCUCAUCCUGCUGCCUCCUGGAGGAGCACGCCUCCCAGGAGGCCGAGUACCUGGUCACCAAGUUCCUACAGCUCAUGGAGGAGGAGAAGAGCUUUGACCCCUACCGGUACCUGGUGGUCUCCGUGGCCAACGUCAUUUGCGCCAUGUGCUUUGGCAAGCGGCAUGACCACAAUGACCAGGAGCUGCUCAAUAUAGUGAACACCAGUGACCGGUUUGCUGCUGUGGCUGCUUCUGGCAACCCUGCAGACUUCAUCCCCCUGCUCCAGUAUCUUCCCAGCCGCUCCAUGCGCUUAUUCAUAGAUUUCAACAAGUCCUUCCUCCGUUUCACGCAGAAGUUUGUCAAAGAGCACUACCAGACCUAUGACAAGGACUACAUCCGAGACAUCACUGACUCCCUCAUUGAGGAGUGCCUGGAGAAAAGAGUAGUAACAAACCUUGCUGCGCAGGUCCCUGAGGAGAAUAUUGUCAACCUUGUGAAUGACCUCUUUGGAGCAGGCUUUGAUACUGUGACCACUGCCCUGUCCUGGAGCCUCAUGUACCUCGUGGUGCACCCCCACAUCCAGAAGAGGAUCCAGAGGGAACUGGACCAGACCAUUGGCUGGGAGCGCAGACCAAGGCUGUCGGACCGGGGCAUGCUGCCCUACACAGAAGCCUUCAUCCUGGAGGUGUUCAGGCACUCCUCCUUUAUGCCCUUCACCAUCCCACACAGCACGACCAGGGAUACGGUGCUGAAUGGUUACUACAUCCCAAAGGACCGCUGCGUGUUUAUCAACCAGUGGCAAGUAAACCAUGAUGAGAAGCUUUGGAAGGAUCCACAGACUUUCAACCCAGAGCGUUUCCUCAGUGCUGACGGCACCGAAGUGAAUAAGGUGGAAGGGAUGAAGGUGCUGAUUUUUGGCCUAGGGAAGAGGAAUUGCGCUGGGGAGACUAUUGCUAGGUGGGAGGUCUUCCUCUUCCUGACCACGUUGCUGCAGCAGCUGGAGUUCAGUGUGCGGGAGGGCAAGCAGGUGGACAUGACACCACUCUAUGGGUUGACUGUGAAGCACCACCGGUGUGAGCACUUCCAGGUGAAGCAGCGCUUCCCUGUGAAGAGCAUGAAUUGA